AGCUGGUUCUGGCUCAGAGCAGCCAGCAGUCUGUCUGCGCAAAGCAUUCUUCCGUCCGGCUGCAGACUGGCUGCACACUGCCUCCCCCGGCUGCUGCCGUUUCCCCACACAACUCGGGAAAAAGCACACACGUUCGGCCGUACGCGCGGCGCUGCACUGUCUGUGACCCACCGGUGAGAAAACCCCCCCCCCCCACACGACAUGAGGGCUGGAGUCGUACUCGCGCUGUCCCUGCUCCUGCUCCUGGGCCUGGGCCUCGCCCAGGAGGCCGAGCGGGGCAGGAGGAGAAGAGGAGGGCAGAAGAGAGGGAGGAACCGCUCCCUGAGGCAGAACUCGGAGGCGCUGGCCCGGCUCAGGAGCGUACCCCUGGACGGAGGAGACGACGACGACGCGUCCGUGUUCAUCGAGUCGUACAAGAACGUCAACGAGCUCGAGUCCAGCUACAGCGUCAUACCGGGGAGGAAGGGGCGGUGUAUGUACCAGGGCAUCACCAUGUUUGACCGGGCCGUCUGGUCCCCCAAGCCCUGCCUCACCUGCCUGUGCUCCAACGGCCUGGUGGCGUGUGACGAGGUCAGCUGUCCACGACUGCGCUGCCCGCGUACCGUCAUCCCAGUGGGAGAGUGCUGCCCCGUCUGCAGUGUCCUGGUCCCUGACGGCCCUGAACUCUCUGGCGAUUCCUCAGAGCUGAACGACCCCGGCCAGCCGCUCCCUGAGCCCCACACGCAGGAGCACAUGGACCUCCUCCUGAGGCGGGAGGAGGAGGCGCAGCGCGAGGAGGAGGCGCGCCUGCGCCUCCUGGAUGCCGAGCGCAGGAGGAAGAGGAGGCAGAAGAAGCUGCUGGCCAAGCAGCAGAAGGAGCUCUUCGAGGAGAGGAGGCGCGAGGAGGAGGCUCUGCGGGAGCAGAUGGAGAAGGAGGAGGAGGAGGAGGAGCAGAGGAAACGCGACGAAGAGGCGGCGGCCGCGACGGCGGAGAGGGAGAGGCAGCAGAGGAUGGAGGAGGAGAGGAGGCGCGAGGAGGACAGGAGGAGGACGCAGGAGGCGGAGCAGAGGAGGCUGCUCAGGGUGAUGCAGGAGGAGUGGGGCGGAGAGGGGGACGACUUUGAGCGGGAGACCCGGCCCCGCCCCGCCCCCCGUGUCCAGGAGCCCCCCGCGCCCGCGCCCUCCCUCCCGGUCGGCUGCGUCUUCGCCGACGUCACCGUCACCUGCAAGGACGCCCACUUCACCAACAUCCCGCCCCUCUUCAUCCCCCAACUCAAGGCUCUCAGCCUGGAAGGGAAUGACAUCACCACAAUCCCAACCGGGGCCUUCAACGGCCUUCCCAAACUGGAGUGGAUCAACCUCAGCAAAAACAGGAUCACGACGUCCGGCAUCGACCCGCAAGUGUUCAAAGGCCUGAAGUUCCUGACACGCCUGUACAUGGACAGCAACUUUCUGGACCAGAUUCCCCCAGAGCUGCCUCCCAGUUUACAGGAGCUGAAGAUCAACGAGAACAACCUUCGUGGAAUUGAUGAAAACAGCAUGCAAAGUCUGCAGAACCUGGUCACCCUGGAGCUGGAGGGGAACAUGCUGAGCGAGGGGAACGUGGCCCCGGAGGCCCUGCAGGCCCUCACACAGCUCUCCUACCUGCGGCUGGGCAGGAACCACUUCCGCACCGUGCCACAGGGCCUCCCAGCGGCCCUGCAGGAACUCCAUCUUGAAAACAACGUCAUUGAAGAAAUAUCAGAGUCCGUCUUCAAUAACUCGAGAAACCUUAAUAUUGUCGUCUUAAGGCACAAUCGGCUCGAUGAGACAAUGAUUGCUCCUUUGGCCUGGAUCAAUCACAAACACCUGGAGUCCAUAGACCUCUCGCACAACAAGCUUUACCACGUUCCGUCGUUCCUGCCAAGAUCCCUGGUGCACCUGGUCCUCGUUGGCAACCGGAUCGAGAGGAUUCCGGGCUACGUGUUCGCGCACAUGGAUCCGGGCAUCGAGUACCUGUACCUGUCCUUCAACAAGCUGGAGAGCGACGGCGUCGACCCGCUGUCCUUCUUCGGGUCGCUGCGCUCCAUGUCGGAGCUGUUUCUGGACCACAACCAGCUGACCUCGGUGCCCCUGGCCAUCAGCGAGAUGAAGGCCCUGCGCUUCCUCAGACUCAACGACAAUAACAUGAGGAGCGUUGCAGAGGACGCCUUCUGUGACCCCAUGAGUGAAGAGGAAUCAAACCUCAUGACACUGCGUCUGGAGAACAACUUCAUCGACACCAGGAGCAUCUCCCCCACCGCCUUCUCCUGCAUACACUCGUACUUGAGCGUCGUUCUGCAGCCUCAGAAGACGAAGUAGCGUCUGUACUUUCUUCUGCUCUCGCCACGGGCCAAAGAAAACAGAAAAUCAGCCCAUUCUCCGUUUCGCCGUCGACCGCCGCAUUCCAAGAAAAACCAGAACAAAGCCUCUCCGAUUUCCUCAUGUUAAGAUGACGAUAAAAUAAGAAUGUACUGGAGUAAUUUAUACGAUUAAUUUAUGCAUAACUCCCUGAUUAUGAGAGACUUGUAUGGCUCAUAUUCGUCUUCAUCAAAGCCUUUAUAGGAAAGGACGUGAAUAAAUCUGUAUGAACCUCUGACAAAAUACACACUUAAAGAAAAAUGGGAUCCAGGAAAGUCAUCUCCAUUAUGACCUCAUAUCUACAGAUUUUCUAUCCUCAGAGAUAAAUCUUGUAGUGAGAGAAAUUUUCCAAACGGAGAGCCGUUUAUUUGAAAUAGAUCUCACUCUUCAAACAUCGUCGGUCAUAUAUUAGCUUAUACUGCGCCCGUUUUUAAAAAAUCAGAAGCACCAGGAACAUUUAUCACCUUUAUAAGUGAUUGGCGGCUCUCAUUCAGACAACCUAUUGUUGAUUCCCUAUAGGGAAAUGAUGCGCUCGCUUUGUUAAGGGCAAAAUGGAGAAGGCCCUUGUUAUGCACGUUUACAGAACAAGAAGUGUAAUUUGGUUACAUCAGGUUUAAAUAGUUUCCAGAUUAGGUCAGUAGUUAGAUGUGCAUCUUGAUGUAGAUUAAAGCACCUUUUUUCAUAGGUUAUCACAGUGCCUGACAGCGCAAUGUCAAGAGAUAAGGUAACUUUCCUUGGCCUUAUUGGUAUUACAACUGAGAGCGGUGUUUUCGUUUCACCUGUAGCUUGUUUUGAUAUAUUAACAGUUGUACUGUAGAAGAUGGGGCAGCAUUCAAGUUUUCUGGGUAAUAAUUACCUAUUUCAAAUGACCCUGCUUCUAAGCAAUACCAUUGUAAACUUACAAAAAAUUCUGAUGCAAGUGAAAAUAUGCUACAAUCAUCAAUAUUUGUAUUUUCACAAAUUUUAUUUUGUUACAAUUGACACUUGUUAAACUAUGUGUUGUUGAUGUCUGUAUUUCUUUACUAUGCAUACUUUGCUUCCAAACAUUCCAAGUAACCUUUUUGUACUACAAUACAUUUUCAUAAAGCAUACAUGUAUGUAUUAUAAAAAAACUAAUUAUGGGACAGCUAUCAAAAUGGAAUUUUUCAAACUGUACUGAUCUGUACGAAAUCUGAACUGAACAACGAAAUAAUAAAAAACAAUGCCAAUAUGAAA